GGAAGGUAAAGUUCAAAAUAUAGAAUGAUGAAAGUUAAGAAUUCAGCAUGGAUCCAGCUUUUGGUUUUACAAUAUCUAUCAAUUUUAUGUGCUUCACAGGAUUUUGAUUUCUUCUACUUUGUUCAACAGUGGCCUGCUUCUUAUUGUGAUUCAAGACAUAGCUGCUGCUAUCCUAAAACAGGAAAGCCUGCAGAAGAUUUCAGCAUUCAUGGCCUUUGGCCGAAUUAUAACAACGGAAAAUGGCCAUCAAACUGUGAUCGGAAGAACUCUUUCAAUCAAUCCGAGGUCUCAGAUCUUGUCAGCAGAAUGCAAAAGGAUUGGCCGACCCUAGCCUGCCCAAGCGGCGAUGGCUUCAAAUUCUGGAGUCAUGAAGGGGAUAAACACGGAACAUGUACCACCCUUGAUCAACACACGUACUUCCAAUCAGCUCUUGAUCUCAAGAAGAAAGCCAAUUUGCUACAAGUCCUUAAAAAUGCAGGAAUCCAACCUGGAAAAUUCUACAGUUUAGAGAGUGUAAAGCAAGCAAUUGAAGAAGGCAUCGGGUAUGCUCCGUCCAUAGAAUGCAAUGUGGAUUCAUCAGGGAAUAAUCAGCUAUUCCAAGUUUACCUGUGUGUCAAUACCUCAGCAUCCAAUUUCAUUAAAUGUCCAGUUUUCCCACAUGAAAGAUGUGGUUCUGAAAUCGAAUUUCCUUCAUUUUCUGAUCAAUUAGAUUCGCAUGACGAACUUUGAUUACUCUUAUUGCCUUAAUAUCAUGUUGCAUUUAACCUUUCUUGUUUGGAAAGGGUUAUGGCAAAGUUGGUUUUAUUGCUUUUAUCAAUAAAUUGUUUGAUCAAAUUGAUCCUAUUUCUCAGGAAUCUCGUACAACGAAAAUUGCCGAGUUAGAUUCUAAUGUUAAAAAAUAAUGUAUACUAUUUCUUUUACAAUUUUUAGAAAAAAUAAUUAAUACUCAUUUACGAGUGAAUUAAACACACAACUUAUUAUUAUUAAGACAACUUCUUCUUUCCAUUUUCUUUAGUUUUGCAUUGGCAAGUGGUCCUUUUUUACGCUUCCCGAUGCACAGAAGGAUAUAUUAGAGGCAAACACAGUUAACUGCUUGUCUAUGAACAUAGUGAAGAUUGGAUGGUUGAUGUUGGAAAAAAUGGAUUGAAGGACUGAUUUUGACAUAAAUUUUGAGUGGGAUACAUUUGUUUUUUUUUUUUUGAAGGUCAAGAUUGAUUUGCCUCUCCUUCGUGAGAAUAUCGAAAUUAUAUAUUUAUUUGCCAAAAGUGAUGCUCCAGUGGGAAAUUGGAGCUCAAAGUGAUGCAUACUGUAUUUUAUGUAUAAAUACACUACCUAUGUAUUCAUUAAUAACAUUGAGAGAUUCUUUUUCAUUGUAUCAGUGCUCCAUGGUUCACACCUUUUUUUUUUUUUUUUCCAUGGCUGAUUCUAGCUCUAGUUCUAGUAUGCUUCCACUCAAUACGACGAUCCAUAUAGUGACCAUCAAACUCACUACGUCCAAUUUUCUUUUGUGGCGCAAUCAGUUUGUUUCCCUUCUUGAAAGCCAAGAUCUUGUGGGCUUCUUAGACGGAUCAUCCAUUACACCUUCUCCUGUUAUUAUCGAAGGUAUUGGCUAGGUUCCAAAUCAGGCCUACAAGAAAUGGCGUACUCAAGAUCGUAUGUUGCUUAGCCUCAUUUAUGCUUCCCAUGUCCGAGGACUGUAUGGCCGAGAUUGUCAAUUGUGCUAUUUCCAGUUAUGCUUGGUUGACCCUCGAAACGUCAUAUUCUCACAGCUCCAAGACACGUGAGAUUCAGCUAGACAAACUUCAAUUGCUCCAGCAUGGCUCUCGUAGUGUGACUGAAUAUACUCACUCUUUUCGUUUUCUCUGUGAUAAAUUUAUUGCCAUUGGAAAGUUUCUUGAUGAUAUAGUUAUAGUACAUUGGUUUCUUGGGGAUCUUAGCCCUGAUUUUAAAUUUUUUUCCACCACUAUACUGUCACAACGUCCACUGCCUUCCUUCGCCAACAUGGUCCCCGCAAGCACUUAGCCAUGAGCUCUUCUCUCAAUCCAUUCAUGGUGAAGCUCAACAGCAAUUUGCCCUCAUUUCUAACCGUGGCUCUUCCACCAUUUCUUCUAGUCGAAACAAACAUUACAUCUCUCCCAAAGUGGACCGUUGUAACUCUUCCAAAUCUGCUGCUGUUGCAUGUCAAUGGUGUCGAAAAGAUAAUCACACAGCCAAGAAAUGUUAUAAACUUGGUAAGUUGCUAAAAAGGCUAAAGAUGGUGGUCCCAUUGAAGCUUUUUCAGAGACCUCUCUUACACACUCUCUCGACACUAGUGGUACACAGGUAAAGGGUCAACAUCACAUAUGACUAAUGCUGCAUCGACUUUUGACUCCUCCAUUCCUUACAAUGGUAUUGAAAAGGUGUUUGUUGGUAAUGGUCAUUCUUUACCUAUAUCUCUUGUUGAUUCUAUUUGGUCUAUUGUUGCUUCCCAUUCGUUACCUAUGACUAAUGUUCUUCUUGUUCCUGGCAUUACCAAAAAUCUUAUUUUCAUCAUUAAGUUUACUCAAGAGAACAAUUUUCCAAUAACAUUUUCUUCUACUGGCUUUGUUAUACAGGCUCUGGCAAAAAGAGCGGUGGUGGGAAUCGAUUGAUGUGAAAAAGGCCUCCAUGUGCUUGAUCAUGCCCAUGCAAACUUUUUGUCUUCUGCUGCUCUUUGUUAUAAUUGUGCCACCUCUGUCAUUUGGCAUGCACGUUUAGGACUUCCUUCUAUUAGGAUUUUGUCAUCUUUACAUAAGCAUGGUGCUAUUUUAUUUUCUAAUAAGAACGAGUUUAAUA